AUCUCCUUCAUCAUCUUCCAUUCUCUCUCUCUCCCUCCUCUCUCUCCCUCUCUCUCUACAAAAUACAAGUAAACAUUUUCUUUUUCUUUACUCUCUCUCUCUCUCUCUCUCUCUCCGAGCUCAUGAUCCAAAACCCAAACUCAAGCAUGCAACUCUUCUCUCGCGCACACUUAGGGUUUCACUACACUUUUCAAUAACCCAAAAAAAACUCUAGUGAGAGAAAGAGAGAGAAUCUUUUCUCAUUAUCCGGUUUUCAUUUCUUGAAAACCCAAAUCUAGUCACAGAAAGAUUUGAUCGUUAGUUUGACGUCUUUGUAUGUAAUGAUAUCGAAAAAAGUUUGAAUAUUUGAACUGGGUUUGUGUUCUUACACAAUAUAAGUUAGUACUUUUUACUGAAACUGAAAAUUUCAUGAGUUUUGGAGGGUUUCUUGAUAACAGUCACGGCGGCGACGGUGGUGGUUCCGGUGGUGGUGCUAGAAUCGUCGCCGAUAUCCCUUAUAACAUCCGCGGCGGUCCCAUGUCUCAACCUCUCUCUAAAUCAAUGUUCAACUCACCAGGCCUCUCACUUGCUCUUCAAACGACGAUGGAAGGUGGAGGAGGAGGAGGUGGUGGGGUUGGUGAGAUCGGAAGAAUGCCGGAAAGUUACGAGACCGGCGGCGGUGGUGGUGCCAGACGGAGCCGUGAGGAGGAGCACGAGAGUAGAUCUGGCAGUGAUAACAUGGACGGUGGCGGCUCCGGUGAUGAUCCUGACGGUGACGACGGAAAACCACCGAGAAAAAAACGAUACCACCGUCACACUCCUCAACAAAUUCAAGAACUUGAAGCAUUGUUCAAAGAGUGUCCUCAUCCUGAUGAAAAGCAACGGUUGGAGCUUAGUAGAAGAUUAUGUUUAGAGACUCGACAAGUUAAGUUUUGGUUCCAAAAUCGUCGUACCCAGAUGAAAACACAAUUAGAGCGGCACGAAAACUCGAUUCUCAGGCAAGAAAACGAUAAGCUUCGAGCGGAAAACAUGUCGAUUCGAGAGGCAAUGAGGAACCCUAUGUGCUCGAAUUGUGGUGGUCCGGCUAUGAUAGGUGAUAUUUCAUUAGAAGAGCAACAUCUUAGGAUUGAAAAUGCGCGAUUAAAAGACGAAUUAGAUCGUGUUUGUGCACUUGCGGGUAAAUUUCUCGGCCGCCCGGUGUCCACGAUGGCUCCACCGAUGCCGAAUUCGAGUUUGGAACUCGGUGUCGGUGGGAACCAUUUCCACCAACUCCAAGGCGGCGGAAGUGGCGGAGUGCUUAGUUCGAGCACCUCGGCAUUGCCUUUAGGACCACCGGAUUUUGGGAUUUCGAGUGCCUCAUCAGUUGUACCGUCUUCGAGAGCGAGUAAUACCGUGAUGGGAAUGGAUUCUUCUCUUGAGCGAUCAAUGUAUCUAGAGCUCGCUUUAGCCGCUAUGGAUGAGUUGGUUAAGUUAGCCCAAACUGAUGAGCCACUUUGGAUCCGGUCCUUAGAAGGGGGCCGUGAGAUUAUGAACCACGAUGAGUAUUCUAGGAUCGUUACUCCGUGUAUCGGGCUUAAACCGAAUGAUUAUGUUUCCGAGGCAUCGAGGGAGACGGGAAUGGUGAUCAUCAAUAGUUUGGCUCUUGUUGAAACGCUAAUGGAUUCGAACAAAUGGGCAGAAAUGUUUCCUUGUAUGAUUGCUAGAACUUCAACAACUGAUGUGAUUUCAACCGGUAUGGGAGGAACAAGAAACGGGGCUCUUCAAUUGAUGCACGCCGAGCUGCAAGUUCUUUCUCCGUUGGUUCCAGUCCGGGAAGUCAAUUUUCUCCGGUUUUGCAAGCAACACGCGGAAGGUGUGUGGGCGGUGGUUGACGUGUCAAUCGAUACAAUUCGUGAAAACACACCCGCAUUUAUGAGUUGUCGAAGGCUACCAUCGGGUUGUGUUGUUCAAGAUAUGCCGAAUGGCUACUCUAAGGUUACAUGGGUGGAACAUGCAGAAUAUGAUGAAGGCAUUGUUCACGAGCUAUACCGCCCGUUGAUCCGUGCUGGGAUGGGAUUCGGUGCACAACGGUGGGUGGCGGCCCUACAACGACAAUGCGAAUGCCUCGCAAUCCUUAUGUCAUCUGCAGUGCCUACUAGAGAUCACACCGCGAUAACCGCAAGCGGAAGGAAGAGCAUGUUAAAACUAGCACAACGAAUGACGGAUAACUUUUGCGCCGGGGUCUGCGCAUCUACCGUCUACAAAUGGAACAAGCUGCGCGCGAACAACGUAGAUGAAGAUGUUCGGGUCAUGACGCGACAAAGCGUUGACGACCCCGGUGAGCCCCCGGGCAUCGUGUUGAGCGCGGCAACUUCGGUUUGGUUGCCCGUAUCGCCUCAACGGCUUUUCGAUUUUCUCCGCGAUGAACAGCUAAGAAGUGAAUGGGAUAUCUUAUCCAACGGUGGACCCAUGCAAGAAAUGGCUCAUAUAGCCAAGGGUCAGGAUCAUGGCAACUGUGUCUCCCUCCUCCGUGCUAGCGCAAUGAAUGCUAACCAGAGCAGCAUGUUAAUUCUACAAGAAACAUGUAUCGAUUCCGCGGGGUCGUUGGUGGUGUAUGCGCCAGUGGAUAUUCCAGCAAUGCAUGUGGUGAUGAACGGUGGGGAUUCGGCUUACGUGGCUCUUUUGCCGUCAGGUUUUGCGAUAGUACCUGACGGGCCAGGUAAUCGUGUUGGGUCGGAGACAGAGAAUGGUGGGGUUGGGGGUGGCAGUGGUGGCGGGGCGGGUGGAUCUCUUUUGACUGUUGCGUUUCAGAUCCUUGUGAACAGUCUUCCUACUGCUAAGCUUACUGUGGAGUCGGUGGAAACGGUUAAUAAUUUGAUAUUAUGUACUGUUCAGAAGAUCAAAGCAGCCCUUCAGUCUGACAACUAAUGUUAUGGUGUUUUUUAGGCUUUUUGAGACGAGGAAAUUAUCGGGUAUGAUCGAUAAGGAUCGGUCAUACUUUAUAAUUUUCGUGGUGGUGGUAAUGUUGCUCGUGUGCGAUGGUGUGGUGAAAUGUGAAUGAUGAUGAUGAUAGUUUUUAAAGAUUUUUGUGGUGAGUCAAGAACGAACCGUGCUUGUCAACCCUUGCUUUGCUGUGAGAACCGGCUCAACAUGUCGGUUCUCUACAGCAAUGCAAAGGUGGUGGUUCGGGUAUUGACUCGGUCAACCCGGUUGGGUCUGGUGGGGAUGUGGGGUUUGAUAACUGUCGAGUGUUGUCAUGAAGGGUUCAUGAUUUUCAGUCUUUUGGUUUUAUUUUGUAUGAAAGGCUUAUUCAUGGGGUUUUGAUAUUAUGACUAAUCUUAAUUUGUGGAGUAUUAAUUUUGGUGUUUAUAUUAUACCUUUAUGGUAUAAUCCAAUCUUUUAUUUUAUUUUUGUAAGUAAUAUGAUAUAUAUGAAUAUUCUAUU